ACUCUCUGUCUCUCUCUGCUUCUAUACUCUGCUUCUUCGCUUCUCUGUCACAGUCUAUCUAUGGCGGACAGCGGCGAGGGGUACGCAGUGGAAGAGGCCAAGAGGAGAUGCCGGCGCGUUACCGACAGCAUAGGGAGGUUGCCAUUAUCGACCCCCGAUUCCUGCAAGCGCACCCUCCACCGAUUGGUCCUGGCCGGGCUCUCCUUCCUCUCUCGCUGGCCAUCUCCUUCUUCGUCUUCCUCCUCCGCAGCUCCUCUUAGCAUCAACAUUGAACAUUUGGAGCCUGUCCUUUACAUUCUCCGGCAGCCAUUCGUAAACGGAGCCUCUCGCGUCUGCAAGCCGAUUCCUCAGUCCCCUGCAACCAACGGAGACAGAGGCAGCGGUUCAGGUUCGAAAACUGCCCAUUCUAUGCUGACAUAGUAUGUAUAGUGUUAGAGGGAAGACGAUUCGAAUCAUUGUUUCGGACCGGAACCCGAAGUAUGUGUCCUGCGACGGAUGUAAUAGACAGUAAGGGAUUGAGAUCGAAGAUUGGACACGUUUUAGCAGCAGCUCGAUCAUCGAUCACGCAACUUCAUCAGUCGUUCUGUUCUUUUCGAAGGGCAUCGAUUAUUGUGUUCUUGAGGAGAUCGAGCAUAACUUUGGCGCUUCCGAGUUUGAGAUGGGGAUUCCCGACUUUUAUUUUGUCAAGGAACAGGAUGGUGAGUGGAUAAACAUAACACAAGGUCGUUUCGGGAUCGGUCGCGCUUGAAAUAAAAGUUGAUGAUUUUGAAUGUGCUGCCUUGGAUGAGGAAUCUGGAGGAAGAUGCUCGACAUUGGGUUCUGAAGCCACAGAAGUUUCUGAAAAGAGAUCUAGUUCUGAUGCCUUCGCCGCGCUAAUGUCCGGAUUGAAGCCAUCGCUUGAAGUGAAUGAAAUGGAAAUUGUUCUAUCUGGUGAUCUGCAAGGUGGAGGCGAGCUUAUAAAUUUUGACACUAAUGCUCUGGCUGCUCUUGAAUCAGAAAUUAGUAACGGUGGUGCAGAAAGGAUUUUGUCGAAGUCGGACGGAUGAGCUGAGGCAUCGGUUUAAGGGCAAUGUGGAUUUCGUGAUUUAACAUGUCCGAUACACAGAAUGAAUUUCUCCGCGUAUCCAUCGAUGCAUAAAUUGCAUAUUGUUAGUGAAUUUCAUUUAUGUGCUUCGACGUGUAAUCAGGCGAAGUCUCAGCUUCAGAACCCAAUUCGUGUGGAGGUGGGCUCGGCAAUGUCUAUGAAAAGAGGCAUAAUAUGUGAAA